AUGUUCGGCCGUCCAUCACCUCUCUCGAAAAGUCGGCUAAAUAGCCGCAGCAGGCGUAUUUCACCGCCUGGGACUCCAACAUCUCAGACGCUCCCAGGAUCUGCGAAUUCCCCUCGCCGCUUCCUUUCCCAGCCACGAGCUUCCGAGGAGAUCCCAAGUCGAAGUCCAAGUCAGCCAAGUUGGCCAAGCAGCCCUAGUUCCAGUGCUCCUCCUCCAAGCCCUGGGCCUCCCACGGCCAAGCAAUUUGAAGUGGAAGUACAAGUAUGUCCCAGAGAGGUUCCAAAAGGAAAUCAAAGUGCCAAGCAUGAGGUCUUCCGCAGUGUGUCAUCAGCAUCAACAGCCCAUAGCACCCUGGUGAGUGAUGAAGGCUUGGCGACAGCGGCCCAUGCUGCCUUGGUGGCGUCAGAGGCAAUGCAGGAAGAGACUGCUAGAGCCACCGCCGUGCGCAAGCAGCUAGAAGAACAGUCUAGGCGACUGGAGGCCCAGCUAGCAUCUGCAAAUCAGAUGUUACAGCCAUUGUUGCAGUCGCACCAGCAAGUUCAGCAACUCCUCCAGCAGAUGCGCCCACCAGGGCCCUACCCACAAGGGCAUUCAUCCCCACGAAUUGACAUACCGGUGCCUGGGCCGUACCCGGUGCAGCCAAUACAGGUGCCAGUCACACGGAGGACAAUUCAAGUGGUGAGGCCUCCGCAAGUU